AGAAAGGCUGUGAAGAAGGUUUCUGGAGACUGCUUUUUUUCUGAAUCUCAUCGGAUAGAGAAAUCUAGAAGGGCUAGUGAUAUACUUCCUGUUAGCCAAAUCCCAACUGUAUCAAAGGAUAUUAAAGAGAUAAGGGUCGAUCAGAAUUUAGCUAACAACUUUGUUGGCUAUGAUGACAAGUCCAGCUACAAAGAUUCAGACACGCUUUUGGUGCAUUCUAGUAUUGAGAAGGCAAAAAAUCUUGAUAGUAGCAGUCAGUCAGGCUCGUUUAACUAUUUAGAGAAAGAUGGAGUUGGAUUGGAAUCAGGAGAAAAGGGAAGCAAUGGAACGAUAAAUAUGUACCAGCCUUCUUCACAUCCCAUUAGUGUUUCUUCCCCUCUAUCUGGUCUACCUGAGUUCUCUCGCCUUGGAUGGGGUCAUUGGUUUACAUUAAGGGACUUAGAAACUGCAACAAGUAGGUUUUCAAAGGACAAUAUUAUUGGUGAGGGUGGAUAUGGAGUUGUUUAUAGGGGCCAUCUGAUUAAUGGAAUUCCUGUGGCUGUGAAGAGGCUCCUCAACAAUCUGUAA